UAAUAUAUUGGUGUUAAAAUUAUAAUGUGCUAUAUUGAAUAAAAUUGUACUACGUUUAUUUAUUUAUUUUUUAUGUUUUAUGAUAAUCAAAUUAAAUUUAUUGGACAAACAAUUGUUCAACUGUUGUAAUUUUUUUUUUGUUUUUUUUUUUUUAUUUAUAAAAAAACUGGUGUAACUGGUGCGUAACUGUGUGUAUUUGUGUGUAUAUAUAUAAAACUCAACGUCCUAAGUUUUCGUGCCCAUGAUAGGUGUCACGUCCAGGUUGUUUGAACUCGUCCCCCAUAGUUCAGCACCAGAGUGAGUGUAACAUUUCCACUCAGAUCCAAACAACCUGGACGCCAAAAUCUCUUGCUAAUUCCACCUCACAAAUCUUCACGCGCUCUUUUUGAACACUAAGCGUCUCUCGCUCUAACCUUCAUCACCAUGCCCAUCCUCCUCCUCUCUCUCUUCAUUUCCAAUGUGAUUUUACUUCACUUGGCUGAGCUGACCAUUACAUUAGCUAAAUACAUUCAUCAAACCCUAACCCUAACCCACAUUUCACACACAAAUCUUCAUCCAUGGCUUCUCGCAAGCUCCUAUCCUCCCUCCUCCGUUCCUCCACCCGUCGCUCUGCUCUAAAACCCUCGAUCACUAAUCCUAGACCUCACACACCGUCUCUAUCAUCUCGUCCUUCGCCGGCCGGUUUUCUCUUAAACCGCGUCGUGGACUUCUCCACCUCCUCCGCUGCCGCGGCUGCUCCGGCUCCGUCAUCGCCGCCGUCGAAGGGGGCCGGUGGGAAGAUCACUGAUGAGUUCACCGGCGCUGGUGCGAUCGGCCAGGUGUGUCAGGUGAUCGGUGCGGUUGUGGAUGUUCGGUUCGAGGAAGGCUUGCCACCGAUCCUGACGGCGCUUGAGGUUUUGGAUAAUUCUAUUCGAGUGGUUCUUGAGGUAGCGCAGCAUUUGGGAGAGAACAUGGUGAGGACGAUUGCUAUGGACGGGACGGAGGGGCUUGUUAGGGGACAAAGGGUCCUCAAUACUGGUUCGUCCAUCACUGUGCCUGUUGGCAGAGCUACACUUGGUCGCAUUAUGAAUGUUAUUGGAGAAGCUAUUGAUGAAAAGGGUGAACUAAAAACCGAUCACUUUCUCCCCAUUCAUCGAGAAGCUCCAGCCUUUGUUGAGCAGGCAACUGAACAACAGAUUCUUGUUACAGGAAUCAAGGUGGUGGAUCUACUUGCUCCAUACCAAAGAGGUGGAAAGAUUGGGCUGUUUGGUGGUGCUGGUGUAGGAAAGACGGUGCUUAUUAUGGAACUUAUUAACAAUGUUGCGAAAGCUCAUGGUGGUUUCUCUGUCUUUGCUGGUGUUGGUGAACGUACUCGAGAGGGCAAUGAUUUGUAUAGGGAAAUGAUCGAGAGUGGCGUUAUUAAACUUGGAGACAAACAGAGUGAAAGCAAGUGUGCUCUUGUCUACGGUCAAAUGAAUGAACCCCCUGGUGCUCGUGCUCGUGUUGGACUUACUGGGCUAACUGUAGCUGAGCACUUCCGAGAUGCAGAAGGGCAAGAUGUGCUCCUGUUCAUUGACAACAUCUUCCGCUUCACUCAAGCCAACUCCGAGGUUUCUGCUUUACUAGGUCGGAUCCCAUCUGCUGUUGGUUACCAGCCAACUUUGGCUACAGAUCUUGGUGGCCUUCAAGAACGGAUUACAACGACCAAGAAAGGAUCCAUCACAUCCGUCCAAGCCAUUUAUGUGCCUGCUGAUGAUUUGACAGAUCCAGCCCCUGCAACCACUUUUGCCCAUCUGGAUGCGACUACUGUGUUGUCCAGACAGAUUUCUGAGCUUGGUAUCUAUCCUGCUGUUGAUCCCCUGGAUUCCACCUCCCGUAUGCUUUCUCCUCAUAUUUUAGGUGACGAACAUUACAAUACUGCUCGUGGUGUACAAAAAGUUCUCCAGAAUUACAAGAAUCUUCAAGAUAUUAUUGCCAUUUUGGGAAUGGAUGAACUAAGUGAGGAUGACAAACUCACUGUUGCCCGUGCUCGUAAAAUCCAACGGUUCUUGAGCCAACCUUUCCAUGUUGCAGAGGUGUUCACUGGUGCCCCUGGAAAAUAUGUGGAUUUGAAAGAGAGCAUCACAAGUUUCCAGGGCGUUUUGGAUGGCAAGUAUGAUGACCUUUCUGAGCAAUCGUUUUACAUGGUUGGGGGCAUCGAUGAAGUUAUUGCCAAGGCCGAGAAGAUUGCCAAGGAAUCUGCUGCUUAAUUAUAUUUGAUCAUUUCUUACCCUUUUAGUAGUCAGGAAAGUAUACUUCAUUUUUGGCCAUGGCAGUGACAGUAUGGAGAGAGUUUUUAUUUUUUAUUUUUUAUGUUUUUUUCGGAGAUAAAUUAAUUAUUGUCAAGUCAAGUCUUGUUACUCAUUGCCUGAUUCUGAUUGGAUAGAUCUAACUACAUUCCUAUUUCAUAGGAUGGUUCUUUUUCUUUUUUUAUUUAUUCCAAUAAUAGAAAUUACUAUUAGGAGAGGUAAUUAAAUCUCCUUGCUUUCA